CCUGAGACAGGCUCCUUGAUAAGGCAGCUGCACAGUCCGCUGCAUUCAAAGGAAUCCAUCCACGGAGCUAUGGCAUUAAACAUUGUUUCAAGGCAGCAGUGGGGAGCAGUUCCCCCUAAAACGAAGGACUCCUUGAAAGGCAUAGUCCAGAGGGUUGUCAUACACCACACCGCCAACCCAAGAUGCAAGGACCAGAAAGACUGCGUGAGCCGCAUUCUCAGCAUUCAGAGAAAUCAUAUGACCGAAAGAGGCUUCGAUGACAUCGGCUAUAAUUUUCUUGUCGCAGAAGACGGCACAGUGUAUGAGGGCCGCGGCUGGGGUGUGCAAGGUGCUCAUGCCAAAUACAACAACCAUGACUCACUGGGGAUUGCCUUCAUGGGCAAUUUCAAUGAUGACACGCCAAGCAUAGAGGCAAAGUCUUCUGUCAAACAGCUGCUGCAGUCUGGAGUUUGUCAGGGCUUUAUAAACCCAAAGUUUACCCUGAUUGGGCACAGAGAUCUGGGAAGCACCGAUUGUCCAGGAAAUAAUCUGUAUCCUGUCCUCACACAGCUGAGCCCAUAAAGAUCACUGCAGAUUGUGAUGGUUUUCAUGGGAAAUUUGUUCCCUAGCAUUCAUUUCAUUAAAACCUUCACCAGUUUAUUUUUAAACUCCAGAUUUGGAAUGCAACGGUUGACGGGAUGAAAAAGGAGUUCAUACUAUAACACUAAUACAUUUUGAUCAAUUUUGUCUUGAACAUUUUUUUUAAUCAUGGCUGUCAUCAGAACUAAGGGAAGGUUGUUUUUUUUGUCCCGCAGGUUUCAUAGCUUGUUAGACUUUCUUUAGCAGCAGAGGGAGCCAUCAUAGAGCAAUAAACUUUAGCUAUCCCCAAGUGCAACAUAUUUUCAAUUUGUCACCAUGCUACUUUUGUGUAACCCGAGUGCAAUAUUCAUAUGUUUGGAAUACAUUUGACUGAUGAACACUCUGCAUGACAUUGUUAUUAAUGGGCAAGUGGUGUAAGCUAAACAUUAACAUGGAAUUAACCUGGUGCUAAUAUGAUAUCAAUAAAUACCAAGUAAUCAGC